AAUAAGAUUGCAAAUAGGACUCUGGCGCGGUUUUCAACUGCGAACUGCCAGUCGUUAGUUUGUUGAUGUAGUUCUUAUCCGUUUUCUGUGUACUACAUUAUCUUGAAUUAGUACUGUGUGGUUAUAAUAACUUAAGGUGUAGGUAAAUUAUAAGGUCACACCUGAUUUCGGUGACGUUUACAAACUGGACCAACUACUGUCACAAAUAUUCUUUGUUAGUUAACUAUUGUUAUUCCUCUACCUGUUAAUCAAAAUGGAGACUUUAGCAUCAUAUAUGGCUGAAGGACUAGGUGCAGAUAUUGCAUCUAUUCGUCUACUUUUAUCAUUGUCCAUGGGUUAUCCUAUCGCUUUUAUCUACAAUUUAAAGUCAAGUUCAUGGAAGGUUUCUUAUCGACAUAUAUAUUUGUUUAUUUGUGGCGUUCUAUUGUUUCUAUGGAAUUUUGGUAGUUUCAUUGUUAUCUUUUCUAGUCUUUUACACUGUAUGUAGGUUUUGAUAUUGUGCAUAUGUUUAUUGGGAUUUUUGCAACAAUGUUUGUUAAUUACCGGUUUAAGCAUUCAAAUAUUGCUGUUAUGUUUGCUUUUGUUUUUAAUAUGGUUUGUUUAUAAAUCAAUCUUAAUCAUUAAUAACUAACUAAUAAGGGAUAUUUAGUUAUCGGCUCUCAUAUAUGUAAUCGAGGUACUUAUGAUAUAAAUUGGACAACACCAUAUUGUGUUCUUUGCCUAAGAAUGAUUGGAUUAUCAUGGGAUCUAUAUGAUGCAUCUAAAUCAGAAAGUCAACAAUCAGCUUCACAGAAAAAGUCAGCUUUGUCUAAAUUCCCUGGAGUAUUGGAGACAUUGGCGUUUUCUUUUACUCCAACAGCUUUUCUUACUGGACCUCAGUUUCCUAUGCGACAUUUCCAAGCAUUCAUUGAUGAAACCUUAAGACCAAAGUUCAGUUUAAAGAAGAGCACAUUUAAAGAUCGUUUUAUUGACAAUCCUAGAUAUCGUCGAACAUUAGUUCGUUUUGUCUUGGGUUAUAUUGGUGUCAUUGUUUUAUCAAAAUGGUUAUCCAUGUAUCCUGCUGACACGAUGUUAACUCAUGAAUUUCAAUAUGAAUGGAGUUUCUUUUCACGUCUACUUUAUAUAAUCAUAUUUGGACAAUUAGUAUUAUUGCGUUAUGUAUCAAUCUGGUUGAUAGCUGAAGGUUCUUGUGUAUUAAUCGGUCUUGGAUGUACUGGUUUUGUUCAUAUCAAAUCGAAAGGCUCUCAGCAACUACCUGAUUGUGUCAAAAAAACUCAACAGUCUAACAUGCUUACACGUAAUGGUCCUGUUUUAGAACGUCGAGAUUCCGGCAUUGAUUGGUCUUGUGCAGAUAGCUAUAUCAAAUCUCAUGCAGAAUUGUUUGAUCCUACACAAAUGAUAAUAUGUGAAGCUCCACAUACAGCUUGUGCAAAUAUUUCAUUAACACGAUAUAUUUUUGCUACAAAUACUGACGAUCUUGUCGCUGGUUUCAAUAUCAAUACUAAUCGAUGGCUUUUAGUUUACGUUUAUAAACGUUUACGUUUCUUGGGCAAUAAAAAUUUAUCUCAAUUAAUAUCAUUGUUAUUUUUGGCACUUUGGCACGGUACAUAUACAGGUUAUUAUUUGAAUUUCGGCAUAGAAUUAUUAGUGAUGACAGUUGAAAAAGAUUUUUUAUUCAUAUUGAAAAAUUCAAAAUAUCAUGAUUUUUUUUAUCAAACACUAAUUGGACGUUUGAUCAGUAGUGUAUGCGGUAAACUACAUGUGUAUUUUCUCCUGUCUAGUCCAAUGGUAGCAUUUUAUUUGUUGAAAUUUCAUUUAUGGUUUCCUGUAUUGAAAUCAGUUUAUUUCAUUGGAUUAUGGUAUAUAUUUUGGCCAUUAAUAAAACCAAUGGUUAAAUAUCUACUACCAUCAUCAAAAACAUCGUCACCACAAUUAUCAACAAUGCAAACAUCGGAAUCAUCAUCUCAACUAUCAGUGACAACCAAUGGUGAUGUGAUUUCCGUCGUUGAUCAACACCAACUGCAGCACCAGUUAUCUUCCAAAAAACAACAAUGAUAUACUAUUGGUUCAACCCCUCUAUAAAAAAGAAAACGAUUACGCGUGUACAUAUCAAUGUGAAUAUAUAGAUAGAUAGAUGGAUAUAUUAUGUAUGUAUGAUCUAGAGAAACGCUCAAACUGUUGCCUCUUGUUGUGCCUUUCUACCACUACUACUCACACUACCACUACUACUAUUACUACUAAUACUAAAUUUCAAGGGUAAACAAAUCAACCUCAGUCAUUCAUAGUUUCUGUUUUACAUUCACAAAAUCUAUCGAUACAUAUCCAUAUAUAAGUGUGUGUGUGUGUGCGUGUGUGUUAGUACACUUCAUUCGAACAUUUAUUUCUCUUUCAUACAUAGUCUCUAAAUGACACCAUAUGGACUAGAAUGAACUUAUUUCUUGUUCUGUGUUAACAUUGUUCACACAAGUUUUUCCGUUUGUCUGUUUGUUGGUUUGUUUGUUCAAAUUUUGUUCUACUCCAAAAAUCACAACAAUCCAUAUCACAUUAUCUAUAGAUGAUUGUUACAGUACCUUUUUUUAAAUAUGAUUAUUAUUAUCAUUGUUGUUGCCUUUUUGUACGUUCUUCUAUUCUACUCUGUUCUGUUCUAUUGUGAUAAAUAUUCAUGUAUGCGGGGGCGAUAUACACACUACAAACCGUCCUCUGUAUGUGUACACCUACUAUUGUUACUACUAAUUCGUCGACGACUCCUUGAACUACUACUACUACU